AUGAUUGUCAGCAGUGAAGAAGUGCAGCGCAAAUGCGCGGAUUCUCCGCGUUUCGGUCAGGCGUUAACUGGGAAGAGGAUUAGAAGUUCUGCUGAAGAGCGGAAAGCAGCGAAUAUUUCCGCUCCUCCUCAGGCUCUUAUUUUGCUCCGAAAGCUUUCACAAGAUGGCAUCCGCGCUAGUGCACUCAAGGGCAGACUCAACACGCUUUCAAAAGCGGCGAAUCAACAACACCAAAUCGCGGAUAAAUUUAUCUACACUGUUAGCGAGCGCUGCGAUCCCAUUUUCGGCGUUCUUUCUGAUUUAUCUGAAGCGUUGCGCGCCGACUGCCUGCAUUCAUUUCCUAUCGUUAGCAAAGCCCUCGACGAGCUCAUGCAGAGCGCCAUGGGCGUGUCGAAAAUGCUUGAAAAGCUUACAGAAAGAAAAGGAAACACAGACAAGGAAAACGCCAGGCUACAACACGAAAUAUCAACUCUUCGCCAGUCUGCAGCAGAAAGGAAGCAGGCGAACAAAGAGGCUGAACAGAGGCGCGAGAUUUGCCUUGCAAUUCAAAACGAAUGCAAAAUACAACAAAGUACAAACGAGGAAUUGAAGGGUCUCCUCCUGCGCAUGCAAAAGGCCCAGGAGGUUUGGUUGAAUGACCAGAAGGUUUCUUUGGAUAAGCUUGUGCGCAUAUCUUUGCUUAUAACAUUAGUAUAA